AUGUUCAAGCUCCCUCAACUACCUUCGGGUAAGAAUAAACGCAGAUUCGAGCCAGCAUCCGAGGAAGCAAUCAAGAAAGUCAGGCUUCAGGAAAAUCAGGAUGACGCACAAUCAGCACCAGACAACGGUAAAGGAAAGGGUAGAGCUGUGACGAUAGCAGAUGAAGAUGAAGACGAUACAGUCGAGUACAUUGAUGCUAACAACGACGAAUUUGAAGAAGACGACGAAGACGGUAGAUUCUUUGGUGGCGGAUUGACGGAAGAGCAGUCAACAAUACUCGACGUAUUCGAUAAAGCCGAUAAAGGCGGCGAGGAGUUGACACUGUCACCAGCGUCAAUUAAGAAGCAGCUACAGCAAUUAGAGCGAGUCAUUAGCAAAAAUACUCAGCUUAGAGGUAAAUACCCAGACGAUCCACAUCAAUUUAUUGACUCAGAGGCUGAUCUGGAUAGCGCGUUACAUCAACUCAAAACUUUCGCACAGAAUCCAUCUAUAUCCUAUCCACAGCUUAUCAACACUGGCGCAACGGAGCAGCUGGUUGGUUUGUUAUCUCAUGAUAAUACAGAUAUUUCGCUUGAUGUGGUCGAAGUGCUAGAGGAGUUGACUGAUGAGGAUAUCUUGGAUGCCGUAGAUGACGUUGAUCAGGGUAGAAUUCAUCUUAACUCAUUCGUAGACACCAUCCUACAGCUUCAGAUAUUAGAAUUACUGGUAUCUAAUCUGAAGAGAUUGAACGAGGAUCAAGAUAGCGAUGUCGAGGGUGUUUAUCAUACUCUCGCUUUACUUGAGAAUUUGAUUUCACUCAGGCCAGAGCUGGCAGAGGUGCUGAUUUCAUCCACCAACAUAUUACCUUGGUUGCUCAAGCGCAUCACUCGUGUAGAGUACGACCAGAAUAAGCAAUACGCGUCAGAAAUCCUAGCUAUCGUGCUACAGGAUUCGUCUAAGAAUAGAAUGGCCGUGUUGGAGCAAAAAGAUGGUCUUGAUAGUAUUCUGCAGUCGUUGUCGCACUAUAUGAAAAAAGACCCCAAAGAUGCUGAAGAAUUGGAGUUUCUGGAGAACGCUUAUAACGCACUCUGUACAGUGCUGGCCGAACCACUCGCAAAGGUUCAGUUCAAGGAUGCGGAAGGAGUCGACUUGAUGGUACUGAUAGCACAGGAGAAGUUGAUGUCAAGGUCACGCGCUAUCAAGACAUUAGAUCAUGCCAUGUCAGGACCAGAAGGCUCACUCAAUAGUGAAGCAUUUAUCGAAGCCAAUGGGCUGACAAGCUUAUUUGGUGCAUUCAUGAAUAAAGUUCCUCAUAAGAAGAGCGCACUUGGAGCUGUAUCGGUACAAGAACAGGAAGAACAUCUUUUGGGUAUACUAGUGUCAUUAUUUUCCAACUUGGGAUCAGACACACUCGGCAGAGUUCGUUUGUUAACCAAGUUUGUCGAGAAUGAUUACGAGAAAGUUGAUAGAUUGUUGGAGAUUCGUGAAAACGCUGCGAGUAGAGUGAAAGUACGCAUUGAACAGGAUAGUCAGAUGGAUAUAGAAGAAGACGAGGCCUACCUAGGUAGAUUGGAAGAUGGGUUGUUUACCUUGCAGCUAUCAGACUACGUUUUGGCCUGGCUAGUGAUGGAAGACGACGGAAUCAAAGACCACACUGAGUUGCUCCUCAACCGUCGCGGAGUGUCAUUCAAGGAUGUUACAUCUAUUCUACAUGAGUACGCUGAUAACAUGGGCGAACAACCUUCAAAUAACGAUGGAUCACCCACACAACGUGAAAUUGUGGAACAUCUCAUCGAAUAUGUGAGUAGUUUGUAA